UCGCAAUUUGUCAGGUCAGAGUAUGACGUUUUAACGAAGUACACGGAGAGAGAAAUGACCCUGGACUCUAUUAUUUAACGGCGGUAGUAGUACGGUGACGAGAGGGAAAGGCCAGAUGAGUAGACGAGUUCUGCGAGCGAUAUAUCGCUAUCUCUCUCUCUCUCUCUCUCUCUCCGAAUGAGUAUAAUUGAAAAAGCCGUAUGAGAUAUACAUCGGCGCGGCGUAUAACACGUGUAAUAAGUGAAAUUGCACGACUUACAUGGGGCUUCGCGCGUGGCACAUAGGGACGUGGCAGCGACACGCGAGAUCGUUUAUCAGCUGUUAGUUGUUCGCCAGCCCGUAGAGUUCAUUAACGAUAACACGCGGGAGCGUUGCGUCGCGCAAAUUUAGUCCUUACAGCCGUCGGGUACGUAUAGUAUCGCAUUUUUUGUGUGCUACCUUCAAAGAGGUGACUUUCUCAGCGCGCGGUAGGGUGCUGUGUUUGCUCGCUCGUUUGUCUGCUUCGACACACGGAGACUUUCGUGCGGUUUGCGAGCUCGACGAGGACGCCGUGGUGAAUCGCGCUUAAAGCUCGACAACAAGCAAACGUUCACUCGAGAUACUCGACUCAAGAUGGUAUGGCAUGUGAGAUGUCUGAAGGACGCGGUGAUGCCUAUUAUAUGGCUCAAUUGCAUAUUCUGCAUGGGAGUGUUCGAGAUACCCAAGCACCGGCCGCGAUUAUUCCUGAGCGUUAUCUACACCCUCAUGAUGAUGAUCGGAUACUUUGUGUUACUUUACAAUGGAAUUCUCAUUUUCGCGUACAGCGGCAAUCUGACCCUAUUUUACUGCGUCUUGGUCGUCAACAUCUUAGUCGCUACUUGCUCCAUACUCUUAUUCUGGCGCAAGUCACAGAAAACCGAAAUAUUACUUAAGAAAAUGGGUCAUGCGGACGACACUUUGGAGGCAUUAGGCAUAAAGAAGAACUAUCGGAAAACUUUUUACGACGUUCUUGGCUGUACGGUAAUUUGGGUAGCAAGCAUACUGUUAUUGAGCAUAACGCAUGCCAUGUGGAUGUGGCAUGACAUUAAAUAUGGACAAAAUUUCUAUAUCGCUCUGUGCUUUAGUAUUCCAAUUAUGAUUAAUUCCGUGGUAGACCUCACUUCCUGUUCACUUAUCAGGUGCGUCAAAUUGAAGUUCCAAUACAUAAACAUUCUGGUGAAUGACGUGGUGCUCUCCGCGAACGACGCGGGUAUCUUGAAAAUCCAUAACAAGCCCGACAAUACGCCUAUCGCGAUCGUCAGAUCGAACUAUAGGAACAACAAGGACACGAUAGUGCAUCUCUUGCAGACGCUUAGGCAGCUGCAUCUGGAGCUCACGAGAAUAGCGCACGACAUUAAUGGGGCUUACUGCUUGCAAAUUUUGCUGGAAAUGGCAGUACAUUUUACAAUAAUCACGGUAGUUUUAUACUCUCUAUACUCCGUGAUAAUCGGCACCACUUUGCGUAUGGCCGAGGAAAACGAGAAGAUCGUCGCUAUGGUAGUCUGGGGAACCACUUAUUCUAUUAAAAUCAUAGUGAUGAAUAAUAUUUGCACAACCGCAUCCUACGAGUCGUACAAAACUGGCGAAAUCAUACAGACUUUUGAUGGGUCUGUUCUCAACGACGAGCUGAGGGAAGAGAUUCGCCAGUUUACAGAACAAAUAAUCCUCAAUUCAUUAGAUUUCACCGCUGCUGGUUUCUUCAAAAUCGAUAACGUUCUCACUGGCUCGUUCUUCGCUACAGUCACAACAUAUGUGGUUAUUUUAAUACAAAUGAAUACGCCCGUAUAACACGAGGGUUCCAAGCGUGUUGCGAAUGAAUGAAAUACUGUUCAUUCAUUUUUAUCGAUUCUACAAAGAGGGUUUUGUGAAGAAGAAAUUUACCAAAAUUAUUUUACAAAGAUCGUUUUUAUAAGAAUUCUAUGAAUAACUGCGAACUUUCUCGCUCUCUCUCUCUCUCUCUCUCUCUCUCUCUCUCUCUCUCUCU